AUGGGAAUUGACCGACCUUUAACUGAGGCUUCGGGAACAAUUUUUAGAAACUGUUUCCGGUGUUCCAACAAUGUCCCGACUCCGAAGAGACCUCCAAUUCAAGGCUACAUGUCGGACUCACGCCUCGAGUCGCUUCCAAUGGAUUUGCUGGUUAAAAUAAUUUGCAACUUGCACCACGACCAACUGAGGGCUGUUCUUCAUGUUUCUAAAACAAUUAGCCAUGCUGUUGUGCUUGCACGGCAAUCCCACUUUAAUUAUAUAACUCCGAAUCGCUCUCAUGCGGCCACACCACCGACAGAUCACUUGCCAUGCAUGGGAGAUGGAAAGGGAAUUUUGAAGGCAUGCCCACAUACCCCACCAGCACCAAGGAAAGGUAGUCGGCUACGUUCUCGUCUCAAUUUCUCUGAUCAAGCUCUAUCCUAUGAAGAUGAGUUAUGCCAGGCUGUUGCUCGGAAUAAACUUCGUUGA